CCCUCAAUGGCGCCGCGUGCUGGCCCUGCUCUCGAUCCACGUGAGCCAAUGGGCCAGGCAGUAGGGGAAAUCGCUCGUACGCACAUGACGCCACAGCUACCGAUCUCAAGGCAUCUCCAAGAGCCAAUAGCCCUUUUGCGUAGUGGUGCAACCCUACUCUUUGAUGGGAAGCGGACCGCAACGUGUGGUGACUUGAUGUACUUGUACACGCUGGCCGCCCCACGUCUCACCAAACGACUUAUGGCGAUUGCGGCCAAUGUGGGUACCGAUGGGACUAAGGCACUAGCGAUUGCGCGAAGGCGCCUCCGAGCGCAUGGCCAGGAGCUACAGUUUGGUGGUGACAAUCCGGUGGGAAGGGCCGGCGAGCUCCUAUCUCGAGAACCGCGUGCAAUCGACCGCGUAACCUAUAAAUUCAAGGACUGCAAGUUCAGCGAAGAGGGGAAUCUGCAAACCACGAAAGGGUUUAAUCACGGCGGUGCACAUCGUGGACCGGCAUACGAACGUCUGAAAAGUGGCGGAGACUCGAUCGAGGAGGAUCAAUCCGCGGUGGCCGAGCAGGUCACUGAAGAUGCGGAGGAUGUGGUGCUCGAGCUGGAAGAGGACAUGCUGCCCCUUCCUGAGACAGAUGUAGUCGUCGUGCCGACUCCCGCCCCUGCUGUUGAGGAAGACCCUGAGAGCCCGAAUUUGCGGGCGCCUUCGCUACCAUGCGGUGUGGUAGCUGAGGCUACAAAUGUCGAUCUGGCAUGCUCCCUGCCAGCUUCGGUGUUGAGUGGAGAGGUGGGAACACGAGGGGAGGACGAAGGGGCUGGGAGUGAGACGGUGGGUAUUCCUGAGGAUCAGGAUGGAGAGGCCCCGGAGGCUCACCGGGAGUUGGAGCGGCCUUCGCCCGCGUCGCCGAUCGAGACCCAGCCUAUCAG